AUAUUUGAUGAAUCUGCAAAAAAGGAUGAGGAGGUAUUUCGCAUGGCAGUUUCUGAUCUCAACCAGAAUGAUGAAAUCCUACAGACGGAGAAAAUCACAAUUUCUGUGAAUUUUGUGGAUGGCAACAACCCAUUUCAGGCAGUUCAAGAAGGCUGUGACCUCAUGAACCAUGGUAUCCUGGCUCUUGUCAGCUCCAUUGGCUGUACGUCAGCAGGAUCCCUCCAGUCCUUGGCAGAUGCUAUGCACAUCCCUCACCUCUUCAUCCAGCGGUCAACAGCUGGGACUCCAAGGAGUGGCUGUGGGACCACCAGGAGCAACAGGAAUGAUGACUACACACUCUUUGUACGCCCGCCUGUCUACAUCAAUGAUGUUAUCUUGAGGGUGGUCACGGAAUAUGCCUGGCAGAAGUUCAUCAUUUUCUAUGACAGCGAGUACGAUAUCCGAGGAAUACAAGAGUUUUUGGACAAAGUAUCUCAGCAGGGAAUGGAUGUAGCACUGCAGAAAGUAGAGAAGAACAUCAAUAAAAUGAUCACAGGGCUCUUUGCCACUUUGCGGAUUGAAGAGCUGAACCGCUACCGGGAUACACUGAGACGAGCCAUUCUUGUAAUGAACCCAUCCACAGCCAAGUCUUUCAUUGCAGAGGUCGUGGAAGCCAAUUUGGUUGCUUUUGACUGUCACUGGAUCAUUAUAAAUGAGGAGAUCAAUGAUGCAGAUGUGCAGGAGCUGGUGAGGAAGUCCAUUGGGAGGUUAACAAUUAUUCGUCAGAGCUUUCCUGUGCCACAUAACAUCAGCCAGCGUUGCUUUCGUGGGAACCACCGAAUAUCUUCAUCACUGUGUGAUCCUAAAGACCCUUUCUCCCAAAAUAUGGAGAUUACCAACCUCUACAUAUAUGAUACUGUGCUUUUGCUGGCGAACGCUUUCCAUAAGAAGCUGGAGGACCGAAAAUGGCACAGCAUGGCUAGCUUGACGUGCAUUAGGAAGAACUCAAAACCAUGGCAAGGAGGGAGAUCCAUGUUGGAUACCAUCAAGAAGGGAGGAGUGAACGGCUUAACAGGAGAACUGGAAUUUGCAGAAAAUGGUGGGAAUCCUAAUGUCCUUUUUGAAAUCUUGGGUACCAACUAUGGAGAAGAACUUAGCAGAGGCAUCCGCAAGCUGGGCUGCUGGAAUCCUGUCACCGGUCUCAACGGCUCAUUAACAGACAGAAGGCUGGAGAAUAACAUGCGUGGGGUGGUUCUACGUGUAGUGACAGUGCUGGAGGAGCCAUUUGUGAUGGUGUCAGAAAAUGUUUUGGGGAAACCAAAGAAAUACCAGGGCUUUUCCAUCGAUGUCUUAGAAUCCUUAUCCACAUAUCUUGGCUUCACGUAUGAAAUUUAUGUUGCUCCAGAUCACAAGUAUGGGCGCCCCCUGGAGAAUGGGACAUGGAACGGUUUGAUAGGGGAACUAGUAUUUAAGAGAGCUGAUAUAGGCAUUUCUGCAUUAACCAUCACACCAGAUCGGGAAAACGUGGUCGAUUUUACCACCCGUUACAUGGACUAUUCAGUGGGUGUGCUGCUUCAGAAGGCUGAAAAGACAAUGGACAUGUUUGCCUGCUUAGCACCGUUCGACCUUUCUCUCUGGGCUUGUAUAGCUGGCACAGUGCUGCUGGUCGGACUUUUGGUAUACCUCUUAAAUUGGCUCAAUCCACCACGUCUGCAAAUGGGAUCAAUGACUUCAACGACUCUCUACAACUCUAUGUGGUUUGUUUAUGGAUCCUUCGUGCAGCAAGGAGGAGAAGUUCCCUAUACAACACUGGCAACUCGGAUGAUGAUGGGUUCCUGGUGGCUCUUUGCCUUGAUUGUCAUCUCGUCCUACACUGCAAACCUAGCGGCCUUUCUUACCAUCACUCGUAUUGAGAACUCCAUCCAGUCUCUCCAGGAUCUCUCCAGGCAGACUGAUAUUCCUUAUGGCACCGUCCUGGACUCUGCGGUCUAUGAGCAUGUUCGGGUGAAAGGGAUGAAUCCGUUCGAGAAGAACAACAUGUAUUCGAAACUGUGGCAGAUGAUUAACCGAAGUAAUGGGUCAGAGAAUAACGUGCAGGAAUCCCAAGCAGGCAUUCAAAAGGUCAAAUAUGGAAAUUAUGCCUUUGUGUGGGAUGCAGCAGUUUUGGAAUAUGUUGCUCUGAAUGAUCCAGAUUGUUCCUUCUACACUAUUGGAAACACUAUUGCAGAUCGAGGCUAUGGAAUCGCCCUUCAGCAUGGGAGCCCUUACAGAGACGUAUUCUCACAAAGGAUUCUAGAACUUCAGCAGAAUGGACACAUGGACCUACUGAAGCAUAAGUGGUGGCCAAAGAAUGGCCAGUGUGACCUGUACUCCUCUGUGGACCCCAAAUAUAAAGGAGGAGCUUUGGACAUAAAGAGCUUUGCAGGUGUAUUUUGCAUACUGGCUGCUGGGAUUGUUCUCUCCUGUUUAAUUGCAAUGUUGGAAACAUGGUGGAACAAAAGAAAAGGCUCGCGGGUUCCUUCAAAAGAGGCACACGUGAAAGAAGAGGAGCAAUCAUUUUAUGGAGCUAUGCACAAACCAUCCUGAUGACAAGGAAAUUGAUCUGGAGCAUCUCCAUAGACGUGUGAACAGCCUCUGCACAGAUGACGAGAGCCCCCAUAAACAGUUUUCCA